AUGUUCCUCAACACUCAGAGACAACAGCUCGCUUCCCAAAUAGGAGAUUUGGAGAAGACGGUCGCAGCUCUAACCACAGAGUUGCAAGAGCUGGUCGAGGACUAUCGACAAAAUCUCGAGACCAAAGUAACAACUUUGGGAGAACAUGAUGAGGAGCUUCACAACAUGUUCGCAGAAGAAUUCCGUUCAAAGGCAACCGGCACUGGCUUCUUGGAUCAAGACCUAAUCGAAAAGGUCAAGAAACACAUCCUGGAAAAGACGUGGCUGCUCAUGUUGGCAGACACGCCUAAGGACAAGUGGCCCCAGAAAUGGACUGAGUUCCUUACAUUCGCACUCUGGAUGUUUACUUCGCUUCAACGAGAGAACCGUUAUGCCAAGGCUGAUACUAAAGAUCCUAAUGCCAUGGAGGUUGACGUGGUAGGGAAGAAGGGGAAGGUGAAAUCGGGCAAGGCGCGCAGAGUGCAAGAUGAUAAGUUGGUAUGCGCCAACUGCAAGAAGAACAAGCCGACAUUCUUCAAGUCAUCAAAGCACUUCGGCAAGUAUUGCUCUGAUUGUUUUAAAUUAAAUCAUGUCAAGAAACAGGCAGAGAAAGAGAAGGAGGCAGCCAUGAAGAAGAAGGAUGUGAGGAGCAAGGACGACGCCAAGAAGAAGGCAAAGUCAUCCAGGACACGACAAGUCGCAUCGAAUUCUGCUUCAUCCGAUAGCGAGAUGGAAGUCGACUCAGAUGUCGACACAAGGAAGCACAAAAAGUCCUCUUCCUCUAAGACUAAGGGGAAGGGUAAGGAGACAGCUGCACACAUAAGUGACCACAGCAUCCACUCGAAAAGCGAGCCUGAAGCAUCUGAGUCGGACGAAGAAGAACUGGCCGAGAUCCUCUCAAGGCUCAGGCACCUGAGGGUCAGUGGAUCUAACUCAUCCAGAAAGGCAGGAGAGGGCUCUUCGCGAAAGGAUCUGAAGGAUUUUCUCAAAGGGGAUCUGUAG